GUAUAUAGAAGCAAUGGUUCACUGUGCAAGCACACGUCAUGCAGCAGCCAUUGUGGAUGAUUUACAUUGUAAGGUUCUCAGAGAAGCUAUCCAGAAUAGAAAAACAUCAUUUUCAGAAAACCUAUCUUCUAAACAGGAUGUGAGAGGAACAAAAAUUGAAACCCCGGCUACUGGAACAACUCAAGUGAAGACACAAGCCAAUGUUUCUCUUAAACAAGAUAAAGUGACUAUUAAAGGCCUACAAGCCAAUGUUACAGUACCUAAGGUAAAUUUAUGUUUACUUCAAGCAUCAAUAGAAGAAUCAUCGGGGACAGCCACAACCAAAAAUGUAACUCAUGUUUCUUUAGUGGCUUUGUGCUUUGACAGGAUUGCUACACAAUUCCGUAUGAACAGAGGUCUGGUUGAAGAGAAUAUAAAUAGUGCAGAAACUGGGAGAGGUUCUGUAACUUUUGAGAAGUAUGUCCAUUCCAAUAAAAUGCAGCCCCAAUCCUCUGGCUCUCUGCGAUCAAAUGCUGGAAUAGAAAAAGGAAAAGAAAUUGCAGCUAAACUUAAUAUUCAUCGUAUUCAUGGGCAACUCAGAGGCUUAGAUACUUCAGAUAUGGGAAUCUGUGCCAUAACAGCCAUUCCAUUUGAAAAAUCAAAAGUUCUUUUCACUUUGGAAGAGUUGGAUGAUUUUUCUUUUGUAGAUGAAACUGAUCAUCAAGUAGUUCAAGAUGUAACACGAAUUGGGCCUAGCCAAGAAAAAUGGGGCUGGAUAAUGUUUGAAUGUGGAAUUGAAAAUCUGACAAUAAAAGGUGGUAGGCAAUGUGGUGCUGUAUUAUAUAAUGCAUUUGGGAAUAUAAGUAAAUCUGUAGCUACCAACAAAGGAGGAUUUCUUGCAUCCAAUAAUUCUUCAGAUUCUCCAACUGGCAGUGGUUACAAUACUGAUGUGUCUGAAGAAAUUCUCCACCGUGAUGGCAUUAGUGGUGGUUCUGAUACUCGUUCAAAUUCAGUUUCAGAUGAGCAGGAUGAAGGGGUUGAAUCUGAUGAACUAAAAAAGGACCAUCCUUUAAGGCCUCCCCCACCUGAUUCUUGUAGCAUGAAACUGACAAUGAAAGAAAUCUGGUUCAGUUUUGCAGCUCCAACAAAUGUUCGUUCACCUGCCCAUAUAUUUUCAAGGCAACUGAAUCUUCUGAGUACUGCAACUCCAGCCAUUGGUGCUUGGCUUGUUCCUAUUGAUCAAGUAAAGUCUUCUUUAAACAAAUUAGAAACAGAGGGAACCUUGCGUGUUUGUGCUGUCAUGGGAUGUAUAAUGACAGAAGCCUUAGAAAAUAAAAGUGUUCACUUUCCUUUGAGAAGCAAGUACAACAAGCUCACAAGAUUAUCUCGUUAUCUACAAGAAAAUCCUUCCUGUCUGUUAUGCAAUAUACUUCAUCAUUAUCUUCAUCAAGCAACUUUUUCCAUCAUUGAGGAAGCAACCAUGAGUGAUGGCCUUCCUGCUCUGGUGACAUUAAAAAAAGGUCUCAUUGCAUUAGCAAGGCAGUGGAUGAAGUUCAUUGUGGUGACCCCAGCCUUCAAAGGGGUAAGUUUACACAGACCAACUCAGCCAAUAAAACUCCAGUCAACUGUACAUCAGGAGCAAGAGAAUGGCUUUGGUUUGGACAAUGUGGGAGGACUUCAAAGUGACACAAGUGCUGAUGGAGCAGAAUUUGAGUUUGAUGCAGCUACUGUCAGUGAACAUACGAUGCUUCUGGAAGGAAGUGGUACACGCCCCCCACCUCCUGCUGGGCCUGUAACUGGUGCUGAGAUUAUGAGGAAAUUAUCAAAGACUCAUACUCAUAGUGAUUCUGGCCUUAAAAUAAAGGGUAUCCAUCCAUAUCAUUCUCUGAGCUAUACUAGUGGAGAUACAGCUACAGACUCACCAGUGCAUGUUGGUCGUUCUGGGCAACUUGUUAAAGAAAGCCCAAGAAAAGAGAGUUUACUUAGCUAUUUGACUGGAAGUUUUCCUAGCCUACAUAAUCUUUUGGAAGGGACUCCUCAAAGAAGUACCAACGUCCCCAAAAGUAGCUCUUUAACAAGAACAGCAAACACCAUGCAAUCCGAAAUUAUAUCAGAACAUCCAUUAUUAACAGAACCGUCAUCUGUGAGUUUUUAUAACUGGAUGUCAAAUGCAGUUGGCAAUAGAGGAAAUACAGCUCAAGAGUCUCCUGUCACCAAAGCUGGUCACAGCAGUCUUCCAACAGGUGUGGCUCCAAAUCUUCCAACUAUACCGUCAGCAUCUGACUUCAAUACAGUAAUGUCUAGUGACCAAAACACAUUGGAUGGAACACAUUCACAACACAGUACUAGCCAAGAUGAUAUUGUUGGUAUUGAGGAGGCGAACCAGGGACUCCCUGCUGUUCAACUUGCUGAUGCACAGGUUGUUUUCAAACCUCUUCUGAGCCACACAGGAAUUCAGCCACAGGAUGUAGUACCAUUGUGCUAUAGGAUGUACUUUGGUGAACAUCUCUCAUUCUCAGGAACUCUGGAUUGCCUUAGAGCAGACAUUGUUGAUUCAGAUACAGCAAAGGAGAGAAGAAGCAAAAGAGCACAAAGGCAAGGAUUAGUAAAUCUUCCUCCACUUGAAUUCAAACCAGCAUUAAUGUUGGAAACUUUUAGUAUUAGCGCUGUUAUAAUGGAGAAAUCGGCGAAUACACCUCAAAAUUCUGCCAAUGCUCUUUCUUUUCAUGACUUUAACAAACGUCAUUAUAGCACGUUUCACUGCAACUUUACAAUCUCUUGUCAGUCUAUAAGCCAGCAUGUUGAUAUGGCACUCGUUCGGCUUAUUCACCAAUUCAGCACCAUGAUAGAUGAUAUUAAGGCUACACAAACAGACAUCAAACUUAGUAGAUAUACAGCUGGCUCAGCUUCUCCAACACCAACCUUUAAAACUCGGAAACACAGAGACUUCCGCUCUUCCGAUUUCAGUCGCAGUUCUCGAGGCAGUCUUAAUGGUGUAAACAGAGUGAACAAUGCAAAAAAUAAACGAUCAAACAGUGAGAAUAAUAAAAAAGAAUCUCGGAAUAAAAAUUCACUGGGAAGGGCAGAAAGAAGAACUUCUAAAGUAUCCAGGAAAGGUUCCAGGGAUGUUGUUGACCAUGUCACCAUUCAUAUGGAUGAUUCUGAUUCAAUUACAGUGUCAGAACAGAGUGAACCUUCUGCAGAGUGCUGGCAAAAUAUGUAUAAACUGUUGAACUUUUAUUCUCUUAUCUCAGAUCCAACAGGGAUUUUAGAAAAAUCUUCUGAAACAUUUUAUCCAGCAGGAAUUCGGAGCCCUACGGAACCUGCAUGUAAAGUUGCAUUUGAAAAUGAACAAGAUAGCAACAGCUUGAGCAGACCUCAGAGAAAACGUAGUUUGGUCAUAUCUGAACCUCAGCAUGUGACCCUCAUAAUCUUUGGAAUUGGCAUGGUAAAUCGCACACAUCUUGAGGCAGAUAUUGGUGGGCUAACAAUGGAAUCAGAACUGAAGAGAAUCCAUGGUAGCUUUACACUCAAAGAAAAAAUGAAAGAUGUACUGCACCAAAAGAUGACCGAGACAAGUGCUACUGCUCAUAUAGGUGGUGUUAAUAUUGUUCUCCUGGAAGGGAUCACACCAAAUAUCCAGUUGGAGGAUUUUCCUACAUCACCAACAAGCACAGCGAAACAGGAAUUUCUAACUGUGGUGAAAUGUAGUAUUGCCAAAUCGCAAGCUCUUUAUAGUGCCCAAAGAGGAGUGAAAACAAACAAUGCUGCCAUCUUCAAAGUAGGUGCUAUCAGCAUCAACAUUCCUCAGCAUCCAGCUACUCUUCACAGCAUGAUGGUUCGCAGUUCUCAUCAGCUUUCAAAACAAAUAUCGGAUCUCAUCAGACAACCAUCUGCAGUUACACAACCUCCCAAAGAAGAUAUUGCAACUCCACUACCUGCAGAAAAAACACCUACAAGUGUAAAUCAGACUCCUAUUGAAACAAAUGAAUUUCCACAAUUGCCAGAAGGUUUGGAAAAGAAGCCGAUAGUUCUUAAAUUCAGUGCCAUGAUUGAUGGAAUUGCUAUUGGAGCCGCACUCUUGCCUUCAUUGAAAGCAGAGUACAAAAUGGGAAGAAUGCGAAGUCAUGGAAUGACGGGUGCACAGACAAGAUUUACAUUUGAACUCCCAAAUCACAAGUUACGAUUCACUUCCAAAGUGUCUGCCACUGAUAUGUCUACCAUACCUCCUUCAGCUAGUCUCAACCUCCCUCCUGUGACAAUGUCAGGCAAAUAUAUUAUGGAGGAACAUGAUACUUACUCAGAUCAAAUAUGGAGUAUAGAUGAACUGCCAGCUAAACAGGGCUAUUAUGUCCAGGGAAACUAUUUGCGUUGUGUGGCUGAGGUGGGGUCCUUUGAGCAUAACCUUUCAACAGAUCUUUUGAACCAUUUGGUUUUUGUGCAGAAAGUAUUUAUGAAAGAAGUCAAUGAAGUAAUACAGAAAGUCUCAGGAGGCGAACAACCUAUUCCUCUUUGGAAUGAACAUGAUGGAACAAGUGAUGGAGAAAAACCAAAAAUUCUCCUUUAUUCUUUGAGUCUUCAAUUUAAGGGAAUCCAGGUAACAGCUACAACACCAUCAAUGUGGGCUGUACGCUUUGAAACAGGAUUGAUAGAACUGGAGCUUUCAAAUAGAAUACAAGCCAAAGCUAUGCCUGGUGGCACCAGUUAUUUGAAGCUUUUUGGUAAAUGCCAAGUGGAUUUAAAUUUGGCUUUAGGACAGAUUAUUAAACAUCAGGUAUAUGAAGAAGCUGGCUCCGACUUCCAUCAAGUUGCUUACUUUAAAACUAGAAUUGGAUUAAGAAAUGCCCUUAGAGAAGAAAUCAAUGGUUCGUCAGACCGAGAAGCUGUGCUUAUUACUCUGAAUAGGCCAAUAGUUUUUGCUCAGCCUGUGGCCUUUGACAGAGCUGUGCUAUUUUGGCUGAAUUACAAAGCUGCUUAUGAUAACUGGAAUGAACAGAGAAUGGCCUUGAAUAAAGAUGUUCAUAGAGCUACAAAGGAAAUUGUCGAUAUGUUACCAGGAAUACAGCAGACAUCUGCUCAAGCUUUUGGAACCCUUUUCCUCCAACUAACAGUUAAUGACUUGGGAAUAUGUCUGCCAAUUACAAAUACACCACAGACAACCCACACAACUGACCUGGACACUGGUUCUGCAUUAGUCUUGACAAUUGAAAGCACUUUAAUUACUGCCUGCUCUUCAGAAUCCCUGGUCAGCAAAGGUCAUUUUAAAAACUUCUGUAUCCGCUUUGCUGAUGGCUUUGAAACCAGCUGGGAUGAUUGGAAGCCAGAAAUACGAGGAGAACUUGUGAUGAAUGCUUGUGUUGUACCAGAUGGCACCUAUGAAGUGUGUUCAAGGACAACUGGGCAAGCAGCUGCAGAGAGUAACAGUGCUGGAACAUGGACUCUUAAUGUGCUGUGGAAGAUGUGUGGCAUUGAUGUACACAUGGAUCCUAACAUUGGGAAAAGAUUAAAUGCUUUAGGAAAUACUCUCACAACUUUGACAGGGGAAGAAGAUUUAGAUGACAUUGCUGAUUUGAACUCUGUUAAUAUAGCUGACCUAUCUGAUGAAGAUGAAAUUGAUACAAUGUCCCCCACUGUUAGCAUGAGAUCAGAUGGUGGUUCUUUAUAUGGAGACAUAUGCAAGCUCACUUUGGGGCAGCGGAUUGUAAAUCACCUCUUGGGUUUGAGCCCCAAAAGUCAACGUUACUCUGUUCCUGUAGAAUAUCUGGUGGGAUCAGCAUCAAGUUAUACGACUUAUUCUAACAGUGCACACUUACAAGUGGGCAGGUCUUGCUCAUGGGGACAUGAGAAUGCUGACCAUCGGAGGCAAGGACCCUCUAAUAAUCAAACUGGAGAACAAAGAGGAAGAAAGUAUGUGAAGCGCUUAGUAGAUAUCAGGGAGUUGAAUGAACAGGCUAAAGUAAUUGAUGACUUAAGGAAACUGGGUGCAAGUGAAGGAACAAUAAAUCAAGAAAUUCAACGAUACCAACAAUUGGAGUCAGUAGCUGUCAAUGACAUUCGCCGAGAUGUCCGUAAAAAGCUACGGAGGUCAAGUAUGAGGGCAGCAUCUUUGAAAGAUAAAUGGGGCUUAGGUUAUAAGCCCAGCUAUAGUCGAUCUAAAGGCAUUUCAGCUUCAGGAAGACCACCUCUGAAGAGAAUGGACAGAACAAGGCUUGGGGAAAGUGAAGAAGUUCCAGAAAUUUGUGUUGAUGGGCCAUCUGCUGGGUCCAGAGUAAUUUUCAACCUACAAGAUAUGUUUCCAGAGGAGACAGAAUUGGAUCUUUUGUCAGUAACUGUUGAUGGUCUAUCCCAUAACUCAAACACUAGUGAAGGAUCAUGCUCAGUAUUCAGUUCACCCCAAACUCCAGCUGUCUUCUCACCAAGCAUUCCUUUCCAGCCUGAAGAAGGAAGACGAGAUGACAGCUUGUCUUCAUCAAGUGAGGAUUCAGAAAAAGAGGAAGAUCAUGACAGAGAGAGGCCAUAUGUUUAUCGGAAAGCAUUGACUACUCGUAAGAAAGCUACAGGUUUUGCUGCUGUUCACCAACUGUUUACUGAACGUUGGCCAACAUCUCCAGCCAACAGAAGUGUAACUGGAACAACUACUGAGAGGAAUAUUGACUUUGAACUUGAUGUGAGAGUUGAAAUUGACAGUGGGAAGUGUGUACUCCAUCCAACAACACUCCAGCAAGAACAUGAUGACAUAAGCUUAAGGAGGACCUAUGAUCGCAGUUCCCGAAGUUUAGAUCAAGACUCUCCCUCUAAAAAAAGGAAAUUUCAAACUAACUAUGCAUCAACUACCCACUUACUGGCUGGAAAGAAAGUACCAGCAUCUCUUCAAACAAAGACUAGUGAUGUGGAAACAACAAUAUUUUACAUUCCUGGUGUAGAUGUUAAGCUACAUUACAACUCUAAGAUGUUAAAAACUGAGUCGCCAAAUACAUCUCGAGGCUCAUCUCUUCAAAGAACCUUUUCCAAAGAAUCAAAAUUGUAUAGUAUGAAAGACACCAUUCCUCCUACUCGUAUCAAGGCUAAAACCUUACUAACUCCUCAACCCCCACCUAUUCCAUCAGCCAAAGGUAAAGGAAGUGGUGGCAUAAAAACAGCAAAAUUGUAUGCUUGGGUUGCACUUCAAUCUUUGCCUGAAGAAAUGGUGAUUAGCCCUUGCCUAUUAGACUUUCUAGAAAAGGCCCUGGAAACAAUACCUAUAACUCCAAUAGAAAGGAAUUAUACAGCCAUCAGUUCACAAGAUGAAGAUAUUGGUCAAUUUGAUAUGCAAGAUCCUUUAGAAGAAUCCACAGCUUCCUUAGUAUCUUCAUCAACAUCAGCAUAUUCUUCUUUCCCUGUUGAUGUAGUGGUAUAUGUAAGAGUUCAGCCUUCACAAAUCAAGUUCAGCUGCUUACCUGUGUCACGGGUGGAAUGCAUGUUGAAACUUCCUUCCCUUGAUCUUGUAUUUUCUUCUAAUCGAGGAGAAUUAGAAACUUUAGGUUCGACUGGCCCUACAGAAAAUUCUUUACAAAGUGGAUCAAAGAUGCCAAUUAAAACUAUCUCGCCAGGUUCUUCUCUUGGAUUAGGCAGCUCUUUUGGCAGAACACGGCAUAGUAGCAGCCAAUCAGAUUUGACAGGUUCUAGCAACAGCUCUUCGGGUUUGAGUUUCACAGCCUGCAUGUCUGAUUUUUCCCUUUAUGUAUUUCAUCCGUAUGGAGCAGGAAAGCAAAAAACCACUGUGGGUGGCUUAUCUUCUGGAACAGGGAAUAUAGAUGAAGAACCUUCAUCAGUUACUGGUCGCAAAGAUUCAUUGAGCAUCAACCUUGAGUUUGUAAAAGUUAGCCUGUCAAGAAUAAGGCGUUCAGGAGGUGCUACCUUUUUUGAAACCCUCUCUGCAAGCAAAUCUGCCAAUAAGAUGGAGACUACAUUAAUAAACAUAUCUGCUGUUUGUGAUAUAGGAUCUGCUUCUUUUAAAUAUGACAUGAGGAGACUGAGUGAGAUUCUAGCAUUUCCAAGAGCAUGGUACAGAAGGAGCAUUGCAAGACGCCUUUUUCUAGGUGACCAAACAAUAAAUAUGCCAGUAACAUCAGGUCCUGGGACCCCAGAUUCUGUUGAAGGAAUGAACCAGCACAUGUCGCCUGACUCAUCAAGAAAAGCAUAUUGUAGGACCUGGGAGCAACCAAGUCAGUCUGUUUCAUUUACCCAUAUGGCUCAAUCACCAAGUGUUUUCAACGAGCACAGUACCAAUAGUAAUAUGGCCUCUGGAACAGUGUCUCAUAACCUAAAAUCCCCUGCUGUUUCAAGAUCCAGAAGUGUAUCAGAUUCUUCAGUCCCUCAGAAAGAUCUGUCAAAAACAUCAACUCCAUUUAAUAAAUCAAAUAAAGCUGGAAGUCAGCAAGUGACACCAUGGGAAACACUGGUGGUAUUUGCUAUGAACUUGAAACAAUUAAAUGUACAAAUGAAUAUGAGCAAUGUGAUGGGAAAUACCACGUGGACUACCAGUGGUCUGAAAAGCCAGGGUCGUUUAUCUGUGGGCAGUAACAGGGAUCGCGAAAUUAGUAUGUCAGUUGGACUGGGAAGAUCACAUUUGGAUUCUAGAGGAGGAGUGGUUGGUGGUACCAUAGAUGUUAAUGCCUUGGAGAUGGUGGCUCAUAUUUCAGAACAUCCCAACCAGCAACCAAAUCACAAAAUUCAGAUUACCAUGGGCUCUACUGAAGCUCGUGUGGAUUACAUGGGGUCUAGUAUUCUAAUGGGCAUUUUCAGUAAUGCAGAUCUUAAGCUGCAGGAUGAGUGGAAAAUUAAUCUCUAUAAUACUUUGGAUUCCAGCAUUACUGAGAAGAGUGAGAUAUUUGUCCAUGGUGAUUUGAAAUGGGAUAUUUUUCAAGUGAUGAUUUCCAGAUCAACUACACCAGAUCUCAUCAAAAUAGGAAUGAAGCUCCAGGAAUUCUUUACUCAGCAGUUUGAUACAAGCAAGCGAGCUUUGUCCACAUGGGGACCUGUUCCAUACUUUCCUUCCAAAACUGUUGUCAGCAAUGUAGAAAAAUGUUCACAGCAGUUACUAGAUGCAGCACAUCAUCGCCACUGGCCAGGAGUAUUAAAGGUGAUGUCAGGAUGCCACAUAUCCUUAUUUCAGUUUCCUUUACCAGACGAUGGAAAGUUUGGAGGCUCUAUGAGUUUGCAUGGAAAUCACAUGACUUUGGCAUGUUUCCAUGGACCUAAUUUUCGUUCAAAAUCGUGGGCUCUGUUUCAUCUUGAAGAACCUAAUAUUGCAUUUUGGACUGAAGCACAAAAAAUAUGGCAAGAAGGAUCCACUGAACAUUCUACAUAUGUUGUGCAAACACUAGACUUCCAUUUGGGUCACAAUACUAUGGUAACAAAACCAUGUGGUGCCCUGCAAAGUCCCAUGGCAACAAUUACUAAAAUAACAAGGAGACGUCAUGAAAAUCCACCACAUGGAGUUGCAAGUGUAAAGGAAUGGUUCAAUUAUGUUACAGCUACACGAAAUGAAGAAUUAAACCUUCUCAGAAAUGUUGAUGCAAACAACACAGAGCAUACUACAACAGUGAAAAGCUCCAGUUUGUUAAGUGGUUUCAGAGGUGGUUCCAGUUACAAUCAUGAGACUGAAACAAUAUUUGCAUUACCAAGGAUGCAGCUGGAUUUCAAAUCCAUUCAUGUUCAACAACCUCAGGAACCUUUAAUACAUGCAGUCUUUCCACCUCGUGCUUUGUUUAGUCGGCCAGGACAAAAAAGCCCCAUCAGUGUACUAGAUGAGAACAGUAGUGAAAAAGAAUUGGAAGAAAGUGUUACUUACACGACUGUGGAUUGGAGAGAAUUUAUCUGUAAUACUUGGCAUCUGGAGCCCACAUUGAGGUUAAUCUCUUGGACUGGAAGAAAGAUUGACCCUGUCGGUGUGGAUUAUAUUCUUCAGAAGCUUGGUUUCCAUCAUGCAAGAACCACUAUUCCUAAGUGGCUUCAACGUGGAGUCAUGGAUCCCUUGGAUAAAGUUUUGUCAGUUCUCAUCAAAAAACUUGGCACUGCAUUACAGGAUGAAAAAGAAAAGAAAGGAAAAGACAAGGAAGAUCACUAAAAAUCCUAGAAUUAGGAUGGCAAACAGACUUUUUUAAAAAUCAUUUGUUUUGUGGUAUGGUCACUGUAUAAUUUUAAAACAAUUUACACUGAAAGAACCUAAUAGCUUUUUUGCUGCUAUAUUUAAAACUUCAUCAAUAUUAUGAAUAACUUUUAUUUUGAAAGAGGAUGUCAUUUUGUGUUCAGUCUAGUACUGCAUGACAAAUGUGAAGAAAACUAUGAAAGCCCUGUUUGAUAUUUAAAACUAUAUUGUGUGCAAUAUUCUGCAUCAGUUGUAUCUAUUUGUUAUACUUGAAAUAAAAAUAUCAAAUAUAACCUAGUUUAGUUGAUUAUUUUUUACAAGGAACAUAUUUAAAUAAUAUAUUACACAGGAAAAGUACUGGAUACUGUCAAAUAAAAUGCUCCAGCACUAAUGGCGUUUACUUUCAGAUGAGAUUUUAAGAUCUUGUAUUGUACUCAUUGCAUUGCU